UUUCAAGUCAACGUCUUAGCAAAUCAGUUUACUCGGCAAGCGCCACGCAAUCUAAUUAAUAUUCAUGAGUCAGACGCCGCUCAAGGAUUAGUAAAUUCGCUUUUGGCUUUGGAAGAGCAGACGCAUGCAAAAUACGAGCAAACAAAGUUUGGUGACAUUUAGUAACUGGAACACUUUUAUGGACACUCAUUAUCCAAACGUUUCCAGAGAGAAGUACUAUCGUUCAUAAGGAACUUUAUUCUUAAGGAACCUGACUUUCAGAAGGACUCUAUUCUUUGUCAUAGUAUUUUUAUAGGCCCUAUCUAACGCUGUGUUUUGAAAGUGGAACACGUUCUUUCUUUAGAAUUUGUUUUUCAAAGUCGUGUUUAUUAUUCUGUUUACUUUGUUCCUCCAUUUCUUUUGGAUGUAACAACGAAACGUCAUUGGCAAAACCAGAUUUUGGGAUGUAUCUAGCUUUUUAAAUGUUGUGACUUAUCCUUAUCCUUUGGAGUUGUAAACAAACACCUAGAACCGUUUUUCGUUUUUUUUUUUUUUAUUUAUUUGUGAAAUGACCACACUGUUGCUUUUUUAACCGGAGGGCGAUACCUUUUCUUGGAGCUGGAGCUGUUUAUAGCAUCACUAUCACGUAACGUUGCAUUUGGACACACGUGUUUUUUAAAUCAUAGACAGUAAGUGGUACUUGAACCCUGCAAUGCAAAAGUUCUGCCUUACCGUACUGCUCGUGCUGCGCGGGCUGAUCAUCUGCGUCUGUUCCAGCGAUGAAGCGCAGCACACCGGGCUGUACAAGGACACAACUGUGACCUCAACAGAUCCAUGUCUGCAAGUGAGUCCUCCAUGUAUGACGGAGGCUGACCGCUUCAGUCUGGAGGCUCUUCAGCACAUCCACAGAGAGAUGGAUGACGAUCAGGAUGGAGGCAUUGAGGUGGAGGAGAGUGUCGAGUUCAUCAUAGAAGAUAUGCAGCAGCAACAACAGGCAAACAAGCACAGUAAACUCCAUCAAGAGGACCAGCAUAUCACUUUGGAGGAGCUUUGGAGGGGCUGGAAAUCUUCUGAGGUUCAUAACUGGACUCAGGAGGAUGUCUUGAGGUGGCUAAGAGAGUUUGUUGAGUUGCCUCAGUAUGAAAAGGGCUUCAGAGAGCUGCGUGUCAAUGGAAACACCUUGCCAAGGAUUGCUUCCAAUGAGCCAUCCUUUAUGAGCUCUUUUCUGAAGAUCCAGGACCAGCAACACAAACAAAAACUCAAGCUCAAAGCCCUGGAUGUAGUGCUGUUUGGCCCACCUACAAGACCUCCACACAACUGGAUGAAAGACCUGCUUCUGAUAGUGUCAAUAGUAAUGGGGAUUGGUGGAUGCUGGUUUGCACGAGUACAGAAUAAGGCAUCUAAGGUACAUAUUUCGAAGAUGAUGAAGGACCUGGAAAGCUUGCAGACAGCUGAACAAAGCCUCAGAGACUUACAGGAGCAGUUGGAAAAGGCCCAGGAAGAGAAGCGCACAGUGGCGGUAGAGAAAAAGAAUUUAGAAGAAAAGAUGAGGGACGAGAUUCAAGGUGCUCAGGAAGAGGCCAACCGCCUGCACAGACUCCGAGAUGGAGCUGUGAGUGAACUCAGCCGUCUUCGGUAUGCAGAGGAAGAGCUUGAACAGGUACGUGAUGCACUAAAGAGGGCAGAGAAAGACAUGCAGUCCCUUUGGGCAGUUCCUGAAUCUUUGCAGCUGUGGCUACAGCUCACCUAUGAGGUGGAAGUCCAGUACUACAACGUCAAGAAGCAAAGUGCAGAACAACAACUAGUCACAGCUAAAGAUGAGGCUGAGAAGAUCAAGAAAAAAAGGAGUUCAGUGUUGGGUACCCUACAUGUUGCACACAGCUCCUCAUUGGAUCAAGUGGAUCAGAGAAUUCUGGAGGCCAAGAAUGCACUAGCAGAGGUGACUGCUUGUCUUCGGGAGCGUCUGCAUCGGUGGCAGCAGAUUGAGAGCUUGUGUGGUUUUCCUUUAAUGAGAAAUGCGGGCCUAUCCAGUCUCACCGCUACACUCUACCCAGACCCCAACUGGAUGCUAAUGCCCCGGGCUGCCAUGCAGUCCUAUCAAGUGCCUGUUUCAGUCGAGGAUAUGGAGGAAGAAAUGCCGCAGAUCAUACCACAGAUUCCUGUCACAGUUUCACCUCUGAAAUGUUCUCCACGGUCUCUGGUUCGCUCUCGCCGAUCUGGGCAUAUUGUGCCAUCACCUGUCAUCAUAUCGCCUGACCCAGACCUCCUGAUUCCCAUACGAACUCCAUCACGCCGAUAUGGAGACGAGGAAGAAGAGCAUAUGAAAUUCUCCACUCUUGUGAAACAGGAGUCCUUGGAAACAUCCUCAGAGUCCACAGAGUCUAUUGGGUCAUCCAUUAGCAGAAAGUACAGCAGCCUUGAUGUCCCUCCUCGGAGAAAAUACAUUUUCUCUGAUAAAACGCCCCGAAAGAUCUCUCUGGAUGAACAAGAGGACAGUCCCUCACGCAAGAUCUCACAGGACGAGAUGGACGAGUCUUUGAUGGUGAACACCUCAAGGAAAGUAUCGCGAGAGGAACUGGACAGCAAUACUCCGUCAAGAAAGACAUCUAGAGAGGAAUUAGAGGCCUCCGUGGACCCUCCUAAACAACUGGUUCGAGGAGAAUCUGAAACUAGCAUUGAUUCAUGGAAAUUACCCAGAGAUCUGCCUUUGGAUUCCACAAUGAGGUACUAUUCUACAGAAAAGAUGUCCCCAGCAGCGAUCGGCAUGGACAGUCAGAGACAACGAUCUCUCAGAGACAGAAAAGAUCAUAUGGACAGCAUUUCUAGAGUUAUACCAAAAUCAGAGCUGGAUUUAGAUGCCACAAGUGGAACUAGAUAUUCAGAUGCCUUAAUGAACACUUCCAUUAAGCACAAAGAAAACCUGGACUUUCCACACAACAUCCAGCGAGGAAGAAUAUUUAGUGAAAACUCCUUUGAUGCCACCUUUGAUAGUUCAGUAGAAAGCUCAAAAAAUUUCAAGAUGUUAGGCAAAACUGAUUUUUCCAAAGACAUCCCUUCACGAAUUAUGUCCCAAGAUGAGUAUGAUGUGUUCACAGAUUUCGAAAGACUAAAAAAAAGAGAUGCCAUGGAUACUGCUUCAAGGAACAUAAUAAGAGAUGAGUUUGAGAGAAGCAAGUCCUUUAAAGAGAACAGGGAUAUCCGCAUGGAAAUUCCCUCAAAAAAACCCUCUCGAGAUGAGCAAGAGUUUGCAAUGGAUACACAACGGAUACAAUGUAAGAUAGACAGCUCUGCGGAAACUCCCUUUGGUAAAAUACAGAGAGAGGCUGUGGGUCUAUCUGUGGAAGCUCCAAGGCGCAAGAUAUCGCAGGAGGAAUUUGUGGUUACUAACCCAGGACAGUUUGGUCCACCUGACCUCACCGCGAGCUCCUCGAUGCUCUGGAAACCAUCCUCAGAUUCGCUCAGCACGCUAGUGUACGACGGCAUUCUUGAAAAGUCCUGCGAGAAACCUCUCGCGGCUAGUUCUUGCGAUCUCAGUCACGCGACUUCGGUGUCUAGCUCUUCCCAAAGCCUUCUUGGAAUUGAAGGUCAACCAGCAAAUUCAUCUUCUUCAGAAUCUGGGGGUAAAGACAAGAGCAAGAUGUCUUCUAAGCUCAAGAAUUUGUUCAAGAAGAAAAAGGAUAAGGAGAAAGAUAAAGACUUGUGAAGCUCAACAAGUAGGAAUUAAGACUCUUUUAAAAGGCCUGAGGAUCUUCUAAAACUGCCUUAGAAACUAUAACAUAAGAAAAGCUAAACAUGCUGAAUGGAGUGGCCUUGUAUUUUCUUGCAAAAGGUUUCUCUUAGAUAUGCAGGAAGAAAUUUAAUCCUAGCAUUUUAAUGGACCCUCAGCUAAAUGGAUACAAUCUUAUGAAACAAAGGAGCAGAAUUGCACUUUUCCAGGUUUGAUUCAGUGAUACUAUAUUGCAGAAGCUGUCUGAAUGAGAUUUUAAUUGCACAUUUUUCUUUCUUUCUUCAUGUGGUUGUGUUCGUCAUUUGAAAUAAUUUGUGAUGAGAUGGAUGUGUAUAAUUCGUGCUCUGUUGAACUGAUGACACGUUUGCAUAUUAACAGAUCAUUGUAGCAUUGAAGAGACAAUCGCAACACACUUAACUUAGGCCCUGUUUCCACCUGAUAUUAAGAUGUGUUUUGUCUACUUUCAACUAUUUCUGUCCUGAUUUCUUUGAGGGGAGGGUCUAUGGGUGGGUAAAUGUAUGUUUUUUUUUUCAGAUCUUUUGAUCUAAUGUGCAAAAUAAGCUAGAGCGAUUUACAUAUGAAUGCGCCUGGAGACAACGGCAAAAACAUACGGAGAGCAGCUUUCGUUUCUGCUCUGACAGCCGCAAUACCACCCCGAACUCUGUGAGUGCGUGUUAGAAAUCAGGAAUGGUGAGAACACAUAGUGCUUGGUAUGUUUUUCGUCUUCAAACCAAACUUGAGUCUUCAGCCGACAAAGUAGAGUAGACAGUCUUUAGUGACUGUUCGAACGCAUUCAACCACAUCAGCAUUUCCACGACGAAAGCAAUCCGGUCAAAUGCGUUUUCGACUACCUCUGUAAGGCCCUGUUUCCUUCUGGUAAUAAGAUGCAUUUUGGUCGAUCGGAUCACAAGUGGACAAUGCUAAAUACAGGUGUAAACGAGGUGUAAAACAUUUUGAGCUCGUCCACUUUUGACCACUUCCAAGGGUAGUCGAAAACGCAUUAGACCGGAUUGUUUUCAUAGUGGAAAUGCUCUUGUGGUUGAAUGUUUCAACAGCCACAAAAGACCGCCCUCUCUCCGACUACUGACCUAAUGCAUAAGGUAAGCACGCGCUAGCCAGGCGGGAUUUAGACUUUGUCAGCUGAAGACCCGUUUGGUUUGAAGACGAAAAACGUACCAAGCACAAUGUUCUUCACCAUUCCUGAUUUCUAACACACGCUCACCGCGAUCGGACGGUCUUGCAGCUGUCAGGGCAGAAACGAAAGCUGCUGCUCUCCGUAUGUUUUCCGUUAUCUCCGGACGCAUUUAUAUGUAAAUUGCGUGAGCUUAUUUUGUUCAUUAGAUCAAAAGAUCUGAAAAACCCAUACAUUUACCACCGAACCAUACAUUUACAUUUACCAAAACGCAUCUUAAUACCAGGUGGAAACAGGGUGUUUUGGUUGAUCUGAUCAUAAGUGGAUGAGGGAGACACAUUCCUGUUUACACUUGGUAUUUUAAUCCGUCUCUGUUGUCCACUUUCUACCACUUCUAUCCUGAUUUCUUUCGAUCUAAUGGACAAAAUAAGCUUGUGCAAUUUACAUAUGAAUGCGCCCAUGAUGGAAAAACAUAUGGAUGGGCAGCGGCUUUCGUUUCUGCUCUGACAGCCGCAAGACCGGCCGAACGCUGUGAGUGUGUGUUAGAAAUCAAGAAUAGUGAGAGAACAUUGUGCUUGGUAUGUUUUUCGUCUUCAAACCAAACUUGGGCCUUCAGUCGACAAAGUUUAGAUCCCGUCUGGCUAGUGUGAUUUCCAUAAUGUUUACGCAUUGUCAAUAGGUGGAGAGUAGGCGGUCUUUAGUGGCUGUUCAACCACAUGAGCGUUUCCACUACGAAAGCAAUCUGGUUGAAUGCGUUUUCGACUGAAAGUGAUUGAAAGUGGACAAAUUCAAAACGUUUUAAGGCAGGAACACACCAAGCCGACGCCGACGAACUAGUGGCGACGAAAGCAGACUGCGGGGUUGGCUCACGUCGGUAGCGUCUGGGUCCAAAGUUGCCCUGACACACCAAACCGACGCUCGACACCUGACGGCCAAGUAGCACGUCAUUCUGCGCCUGCGCAAGAUGAAAUGCCUUUCCGUACCAGCAGGUGGCAGUAGCUUCAUUUUCCAAACUGAGCUGGUCCAGCAUUAUCAUACAGGUAUAAAUUCCUUUUUAAUUAAUCAUUAAAUCGUUUAAAAGGUUUGAACAUGCUAGUUCAACACAAAUAUUCAUUACUACUGGAGCUGCCAGUUUGCUACAUUUCAAAAGAUUAUUAAACAGUAGCACAAACUAUGCGAAAUCGGCAGCCCUUCCGGUGCACUCAGUGUCCGAAUUCACUCACUCGUUUCAUUUACUCCUUCAAGUGGACUAUAUUAGUGGAGUAAUGUAGGGAAUAGUGAAUGAGGGUAUAGGGGGCGAUUUCGAACGCAGCAACUGAGAAAACUUAGUCGGCCGACGAACAAAAACUGCCCGACGGCCGACUGUCGUCCACUUGUGAUCCGAUCAACCAAAACGCAUCUUAAUACCAGGUGGAAACAGGGCCUUAAUUCUUAUUUAUUUGAUUGACUUGUUUGCACAAAAAUUCAGAAAAGAAAAUGAAGGCAAGCAACAGAAGACAAAGCAAAUCCAAAUAAUUACUAAAGGUUGACUAAUACACUGUAAAUCUACUGCAGGAUGAGCCUAUUAUUAAUAAAUGUGUGUUUUAAUAUAUUGGACUUAAUACAAAUGAAGCAUUAAUUAAUUAUUUAAUAAAGACUUAUUUAAUCCAAUUUGGAGUCAAGCAAUGAUCAAAUAGGACUAUAUUACAUUUUUAGUAUUUUUCCUCGUCCUUAUCACUUUAAGUUAAAAAAUGUCAUUGAAGGAGGAUGAUAUUUGUAUUUAUUUUAACUGUUAUAUAUUUGUCAUCAAACACUGACAAUUCUUUUCCAGACUCUACUGUCACUUUUGACCUUGACCGUACAGUUUUUAUGUUUUUAAGUAUUUUAAGUUCUUAAAAGUGUCGGUCUGGUUUUAUUGUACAGCACUUUGGGCAACAUUUGCUUUCCAGUGUGCAGUAUAAUAAAUUUGACUUGGAGGAAAAUUCUUCUUGAAAUGACGUUUAUUUAAAUGUCAUUUCAAAUAUUUUGUAGCAUCCUGCCCUUUUUAAUUCUACUGUAUAUGUUCUUGUGCAAAUAUAAAAUAUAAACCACAUUUAAAAUAAAUGUAAAUCCAAAUGUUUAACCAUUACUGGAAAUAUACAUCCCAGCAGUCAGGAGUGUACAGAUCCUUAUAACCUAAAAAACAGCAGGAAUAAGCAAUAGCAAAUAAACAAGAUAUUCACAAAGACACCUGUAGGCCUAUUGUUUUGUUGUUGUUGUUUCCGGAGAUAUGUUAAUAUGGUCUAAUUUAGAUGUGUGGAAUUUUUGACAACAUCUACAUUAUUAAUUCAUUUCUUAGUUGUGUAAUGACUGCUGUAUUGUUUUGAAUGAGAAACCACUUUGGUAGCAUUGAUUUUUUUAUAAAAAAAAAAUAAGUGUCAUGAAAUUCCCUAUGCCAUGUACACAAAAAUAUACAUUGUUUAUAUAUAGGUCAAAUGAUUCUGACUUAUCUGAGUAGUUCUGGGUCAUACUGAGCCUUCAGUGUGAUUUAUUUAGUCUCAUUUCGAAGGCUGCAUCCUCUGGAGGUUGCUUUUGUUGGCCGCAUAUGUCAUAAAGGCUGCAUUAUUUCAGUAAAGUACCCAUUACAUUCCAAAGUCAUUGAGAAAUUACAACAAUUUACGCUUCACAAGGAAUAACAGUCAAUUUUAUAACGGUUACUUUUCUGAAAUAGGUUAUCCUUGAUGACGUAUGCAGCCAACAAAUGCGACCUCCGGGGGACGCAGCCUUCGAAAUGAGACAGAUAUAGUCAGAAGUCUUCUGCUUUUUUCUAUAACUAAUUUUAGAAAAUCAUGAUGCUAUCAAAAAAGGGGGUUUCCAGUAUGUUAUGAUGAUUUAGUACUGUUCACAGGUUUUUGUAAAGUGGUUAAUCAUGCUUUGUUGUUGUUGUUUUUAACCACAAAUGUUUCCAGUGUUUUUUCUUGAGAAUUUGUAUGUUUAUCUUUAUCUCUGUGUGUUAAUAUACAGCUGUAUGGACUUUAAUAUUAUUAUAGACAUGAGUAAUCAAUUGCAUAUUUGAGGUUAGAUUUUUAACCUGCAGAAAUAUUUUUUAUAUAAUAUUUAUAUAUUUUUUCCCCUAACAAUUCAAGUAAGCAUGUCAAAUUGAAUCAUGUGGAAACAGGAAAACCACAACCUUUAGAUGAUCGCAGUCUGCUUAGCUUGAUCUGUUUAGAUGACAAACCUGUAUUGAAAAAUAUGUGGUUAGAGGCUGUUUAUUAAUAAUGGUUGUAAUAUUUAAACAAACAUUAUGACCUUUUUUGAAGAAAGAGGUAUGAAUAAAGUACACAGGGUGUUAGAUGUGACUGAUGAAACAGGAUGUGACAAUAGGUUUCCUGUUAUGGCCUGCUUGAAUGUUGAUACCUCUGAAAUUCUUCUAAACGGCUUCUAAAUGACAUUUAAACCUCGACAUGUUGUUGCCAGUUAGAUUAUAUCAGUUCACCUUCAGUUAGACAUGAACUGUAUGGCACAACUGAUCUCUGAUGUGCUGAAAAUACUUGGUAAAAAUGGUAAAGAUUAUGAUCACUUUAUAUCAGAAUGAAAGUGCACAGUUUACAAACUUUACAACAUUAUCAAACUUUCUUUGAUUAGAAACAUAAUGUGCUAAUUCAAAUAUGAAUGAAUUUGAUAAAACCCUCAAUCCAAGCAAAAGAAAAAAUCCCCAACCUCUAAGUGCAUGAAAGCUUUUUAGAAGAAAUCCCUCCCAUCACAGUCAGCCAGGCGACAUGCGCUUUGAAGACCCUCGUUCUCAUCUUAUCAGCCACUAAAAUGGAGCGAGCAAUAGUCAUCACACUUGUGUGUGUUUUGUUCUGUGAACACCAGAGAGUGUUUGGGACAGAAGUGGACAUGAGAGUUAAAGCAGGAGACAACAUCACUCUCUACUCUGACUGUGCCGUUCCUCUUGGAUCACACAUUGUUUGGUUGAGAAACUGCUCACAUGAGCAUCAACCAUCUCUGUUAAUAGAGACUAUAAACCUGUUCCAGGGGACGUUUCCACGUUUCAGUUUUGUGCCCAACAGCUCCAGUAACUCCUAUGAUCUACAUAUAGAGAAUGUCAGUGUCUCUGAUGAGGGAAUAUAUUACUGUGCAAUAGACGAAAGAAAAGUAAAUGAUGUACUUGGCUUCAUAGUCUCACAGUACAAGUAUGGAAACAGAAGAACUCGUCUUUCUGUCUUGGAGUUAAAGUCUUCUCACACUGAGAGGUUCAACACCACCUCCACUCCUCCUGUAUCAGACCUCUGCUGGACGCUGCUGUUCAGUGUGUGUCCGGUGUGUGUUCUUCUCUUCUCCAUCUGUGUCUUCUGCCUCUGUCAGAGGAAAACUACAGAUGCUGCGACAGAUCAAAAAGACAUUUCAAAAGGUAGAAAUACCAUUGAGUUUAAGGAUGAAGAGGUGUGUUAUGCAUCUUUAGACGUGAAAACCAGGAGACAAAAACAACGCAAGACAAAGCGAGUGCAGAGUUCAGACUUCAGUACAUAUGCUCAGUACAGCCUUUGUGAACACCGUGAUGACCUGAAUAACAGGAUGUAGAAUUUAGUGCUUGUGUGAACAUGAGACAGAAGAAAGGAGUUGGUGUGUAUAAAUGCUCGUGUGACUCUUUGAUGGACGAGGAAGAAUCACAUUUACUGCAUCUCUCAGAAUAAAGCACAAAGAGCUGGUUUCAGUUGUUUUGCUUUUUUUACUUUCCUUUUUACUUUGGCAAUCCUACAUGACCUCUCAAAUGAUAUUCAAAUAAUGCUAAAGAUAUCAGUGCCAUGCCAUUUAAUAAUGUGUCAAAAGGAAUGUUUUUCUUUUUUGUCACUGUAUGUAAUGGAUAGUGAUGUUUAUAGUAUGGAAAUGUAUAUUUUUACUUGUCCGUGAUCUGUUGUGUCUGAAAGAGACUCAUGGUGUUCAGAGCUGUAAGUGUGUUUAGUUUUAUUAGUGGCCUGAGGGGGGCAGUGUGGAUUUGCUUUUUGCAAAAUGUCUUAACAUUUUAAAUGCUUGUUACACUCCACAUUCAUUUGACUAAUAUUUUAAAGCACAUUUUUUUAUGUGAAGGUAAUAUAGCAAAUAAAUCAUAUAUCAAUUCAUGUUUUUAUUCAGUUGAUUCAGUGUGUUUGGCAAAUCAUUAAAGAUAUAUUAAAGAUAAGUGGCAAAAGAACAUAAGUGGGAGGAGCAUAUUCAUUUAUUAUUGUUGUUGUUGUUUAUUGUGUAUGCAUGUUUGUAUGUGUUUCUGGCCCUAUAAAAAGAAAAUUUAAAAAGUCAUGGAAACUCUCUAUGGCCAGUAGGUGGCGCUCACGGAGUUUCUACAACAGUGUUUUACUGUCCAGUCCAACAAAAAAUCCAUUCCACACUUUGCAGAAAUUCAAAUCUGACAGAGAAAACUGGAUUAUAGAGUUAUUAGAGGGUUAUUGCAGUAACCCUGUUUGUAGUUGAAUUAAAAGGGCAAAUAAGGUGUGGGUGAUAACGAGACAUUUAGACCAUUAAGUCCAUUCAAUCAUUUAUUUAUUCUAUAACUAAAGUAUUUCAUCUGCACAAUAUCUCCUGCAAUGAAUUUUUAAAAAAAUUUGGAACCAAAAUCAGGGUUAUUAUUAACUACUAAACUAUUAUUAACUAAAACUAAAACCAUAAAUAUAUUUCCAUUACGUAAAAUAAAUUAUUUGUUAACUGAAAUAAAAUGUAAAAAAAUAAAUAAAUAAAUAAAAUAAAAUUAUUUCAGCUAGUUGCCAAUGAAACAUUUCUAAAAUAACUUCUAAAAUAAUUUCUAAUAAUUUCUAAAAUAACUAAAUCAAAACUAAACAACUAAAAAAAUAAAAAAAAUACUAAUAAAAUCAGAACAAAAUUAAUAAUACUAUAAUAAAA